AUGCCGGGCGUUCGACAAAUCACCUCGCAGGGCACCAGUACUUUGCCGCCAGGCAUCCAACCAUUGAAGAAUGAUGCCGUGAAACAAUGUACUACAGAUUCAGGUUUUGCCCUCGACCCCAAUGCCGGACUGCAGGGGUCGACGCUCAUUGGUCUCAGCGGUGAUGGUUCAUCGCCCAUCGAUACGCGGAUGAACCCGCCGCAAAGCAGCCCUAAAUGCGAUUCUGGCUCGACACUGACACGAAAGAGCAUCACGAAACAACAAAUUCCUCGUCCAAAUUCAAAACCCCCCUUGCCAAAUAAACAAGCCUUCGCGGGACUUUCUCGGCUGAAGCGCAAGAAUCCGAAACUAUCUUUGCAUCCGAGGACGGAUGUUGACUGGAAUGAAGAUCUCCGACCGACCGAAGAUGAGCAAUCAUUCGAAGGUGACAGUAACCUAGAAGGAACUGAGGUUCCUUCGCCGGAUCCUGAGCCCAGUCCCGUGGUCCAUAAAAAGCCAAGAAGGAAACGUGAAGCACCCAAGGCGAAGCCUGGCUCCGGGAAACGCCAGAAGGCUAUGAGGAAAGGCAGCACCAAACAAGGAAAUCUCCAAAGCGACCAGCUGCUUUUAACAGCUGAUGCUAGCGCUUUGUCUCAGUCCAGGCCUCUUGCAGCUCACGCUAAUUCUACUACGAGACUUUCGGAUGGACAACUUAACAGCACAGGUUCAAGGCGCGCCACUGACAGUCCCGCAACUUCUUUCCCCUUCUCCGAAACAGAUAAGCGAAACCAUCCCAAAACUAACAGCCCACCAACUGGAAUUAUCGAGAUUUUGAGCAGCUCAUCGCUGUCAUCCAAGCCGUCCAGCCCAGGACAUGGUAUCGAUUCGCUCAGGGACGAAGGUCAGAGAGUUAAAGCAGAAUUGCAUGGAAGGGGGGAACGGGUUGGACAGAAGCUUGCUGAUGCACUCCGUCAAGCUGGAUUACAGGCCUCAUGCUCCUCUGCUGCUAAAGUUCAAUCUCGUUCUACCCAGAUAUUUGCUGGCGGGACCCCAUCACGGGUUCCAAGCAACCCUUCUGAGCUGGUGCUCGAAGCUCUGGCCCCUCUGGCCCCUCCGGCCCCUCCGGCCCCUCCGACUCGGAAUCCAUUUAUGUCGCAACUUGAGAUGGAACAAGAUGAAUCCCGGUGGGGUGUAAUCACCAAUUCUCACUUACGACAGACAGAAACCUCCGCGGAGACAUCUGGUCUGCAUGGCCCAAACCCAUUGGUCUUACAAGGGCUGCUGAAUAGCACGGGAUCAGUCGAUUCAAAUUUCGGAAGAGAGGCAGUAGAUGAUCGAUACGAAGCAUUUGACAAUCCUCUGCAAGGAACGCACUUGCCAGAGUCUAUGGCGAUAGAACUUACACGACCAAGCGAUGAUUUUCGAGAGAUCCCACAAGCAGGCAUGCAGCCCCUCGCAAGUCAGCCUGAUACUUCAUCACAGAGCUCAGCAGUACGGAUUCAUCAUAAUCUUCUGGCAUUGCCUGUUCAAGGACGUGGAAGCGAUUAUACUCCGGAAUCACAGAAGCCGCUUCUGAGCCUGCAAACCCCUCUGCAAGCGAUUUUUCCGCAUGUAGCUCCAAGGUCAAUCCCAAGGAGCAGCAUCGUUGACCGUAAUGGUAGCCCUCGACUUCGUAUCCGAACUAAUAUGGAGCUCGAGCAUGCUCAACUAUGCCUGAAUACUGGCCGCCUGCAGAGCACCAGUAUCGCCGAUACUAGCUCUAGCGAAUAUAAUCGAGACUCUGAUACCCAUGAAACUGACAGCGAAUCACAGAGUGGACGAACACGGUCCAAAUUCCAGCGAGACAUGUUUAUGGAGUAUGGGUUUGGGCCUGAAGAGCUGACCACGGAGAGAACUCGGCUGAGAACCUUCAAAGACUGUGUGUUAGUCGAUUCCCUUGGGGGCGCAGGGGCUACUGAAGGGGACGAUGACCUACCGCAUGUAAGCGAUGAAUGCAGCGUGAUCAAAGAGGGUAUCAGUGGCAAUGAUACACAUGAAGCAUCCGCAGUGGCACCGGACUCUUCCCAAGGCAGCAUUGGUGAGACGAGAAUGGAGUACGGCCUGGGUCCAGACAACUUUCAAAGGGGUGGAACGCGACUGUCCACGGGGAACUCAGGCUCUGGAUCGCAUCACUCGCUCCUGCAGGACGGUUCUGACAACAUGGAAUGGAUCUCAAAUCUACAAAAAGCCCAGCGAAGCGCGCAUAGCUUAUUGUUAGAAAACAACCAACAUCUGUCCUGCCAACUUGCCGCGGAGCAGGAGACCAUUAGACAGGUGUUGCAAUUCUACCGCCAAGGCUGUAUUCACAUCCUCGACGAUCUGCGUCGGGCGCAGGCAGUGCGGAUGGAGUUGUACCGCCAGCAGAUGUCAUCAGUUGAGGAGGAGCACACGCAGCUCUGCCAGGACCUGCUUCGGGGGUUACAGGACCAUCGGCUGCAGCAGGGGCAGUAG